CAAACUUUUCACUUGCUAUUCCUCGUCACACAAGCACUUCUGCUCAACAAACUUUUCACUUGCUAUUCCAUGUCACACAAGCACUUCAGCUCAGCAAAGUUGCCGCCGGUUUACGUUCUCCCAUUCUCCGGCGACGUAACUCCUCACUCUUCCUAUGGAUGUAAUAGUGAAGAAAGAUCAAGAAGAAAAGUUACAAAAGGGGAAGGAGAAAGCAGAGGCUUGUCUCUACACUAUGAUCAAGGUAGCUCGUGAUGAAGACCUCGCUGAACAAAUUGGAAAGGAGAUUUAUUUUGAUCUUGUGGACCAUGAUAAAGUGCGUACUUUUUGUAUUGAGAAACAGAAGCCAUUUACUCAAUUGAAGGAGGAAGUUGCUAAGGCAUUUGGUAUACCAGUGCAAUUUCAACGUUACUGGAUAUGGGCAAAGCGCCAGAACCAUACGUAUCGGCCUGCUCGAGUAUUGACAGCUCAAGAGGAAAUUCAACCGGUUGGUGAACUUAGAGAGGUUUCAAAUAAAUGGAACAAUGAUGAGCUAAAACUUUUUCUGGAAGUAGAAUUAUGCCUGGAUUUGCGACCUUUACAUCCACCAGGGAAGACGACCAGGGAAGAAAUCCUUCUAUUUUUAAAACUUUAUGACCCUCUGAAAGAGACGAUUAGGUAUGUUGGACAACUUUUUGUAAAAGGAAGUGGCAAGCCGCUGGAGAUAAAAACAAAGCUGAAGGAGUUGGCUGGCUUUUCGCCUGAUGAAGAAAUUGAACUCUUUGAGGAAAUAAAAUUUGAACCCAGUGUGAUGUGUGAAAAAAUUGACAGUAUGUUGAGUUUUUGUGAGUGCCAGCUAGAAGAUGGGGAUAUAAUUUGCUUUCAGAAAUCCCUUCGAAAUCAAUGCACUGAACAAUAUCGCUUUCCUGAAGUUCCUUCAUUUUUGGAGUACAUGUACAAUCGCCAGGUAAGAGUGAAGAAAGAGCAAGAAGAAAAGGUACAAAAGGGAAAGGAGAAAGUAGAGGCUUGUCUCUACACAAUGAUCAAGGUAGCUCGUGAUGAAGACCUCGGUGAACAAAUUGGAAAGGAGAUUUAUUUUGAUCUUGUGGACCAUGAUAAAGUGCGUUCUUUUCGUGUUGAGAAACAGACGCCAUUUACUCAAUUCAAGGAGGAAGUUGCUAAGGCAUUUGGUAUACCGGUGCAAUUUCAGCGUUACUGGAUAUGGGCAAAACGCCAGAACCAUACAUAUCGGCCUGAUUGUGCAUUGACAGCUCAAGAGGAAAUUCAACCGGUUGGUGAACUGAGAGAGGUUUCAAAUAAAUGGAACAAUGAUGAGCUAAAACUUUUUCUGGAAGUAGAAUUAUGCCUGGAUUUGCGACCUUUACAUCCACCAGGGAAGGCGACCAGGGAAGAAAUCCUUCUAUUUUUAAAACUUUAUGACCCUCUGAAAGAGACGAUUAGGUAUGUUGGACAUCUUUUUGUAAAAGGAAGUGGCAAGCCGCUGGAGAUAAAAACAAAGCUGAAGGAGUUGGCUGGCUUUUCGCCUGAUGAAGAAAUUGAACUCUUUGAGGAAAUAAAAUUCGAACCUAGUUUGAUGUGUGAAAAGAUCGACAGUAUGUUGAGUUUUUGUGAGGGCCAGCUAGAAGAUGGGGAUAUAAUUUGCUUUCAGAAAUCCCUUCAAAAUCAAUGCACUGAGCAAUAUCGCUUUCCUGAGGUUCCUUCAUUUUUGGAGUACAUGUACAAUCGCCAGGUAAGAGCGAAUAAAGAGCAAGAAGAAAUGGUACAAAAGGGAAAGGAGAAAGCAGAGGCUUGUCUCUACACAAUGAUCAAGGUAGCUCGUGAUGAAGACCUCGCUGAACAAAUUGGAAAGGAGAUUUAUUUUGAUCUUGCGGACCAUGAUAAAGUGCGUACUUUUUGUAUUGAGAAACAGAUGCCAUUUACUCAAUUGAAGGAGGCAGUUGCUAAGGCAUUUGGUAUACCGGUGCAAUUUCAACGUUAUUGGAUAUGGGCAAAACGCCAGAACCACACGUAUCGGCCUGAUCGUGCAUUGACAGCUCAAGAGGAAACCCAACCGGUUGGUGAACUGAGAGAGGUUUCAAAUAAAUGGAACAAUGAUGAGCUAAAACUUUUUCUGGAAGUAGAAUUAUGCCUGGAUUUGAGACCUUUACAUCCAGCAGGGAAGACGACCAGGGAAGAAAUCCUUCUAUUUUUUAAACUUUAUGACCCUCUGAAAGAGACGAUUAGGUAUGUUGGACAUCUUUUUGUAAAAGGAAGUGGCAAGCCGCUGGAGAUAAAAACAAAGCUGAAGGAGUUGGCUGGUUUUUCGCCUGAUGAAGAAAUUGAACUCUUUGAGGAAAUAAAAUUUGAACCCAGUUUGAUGUGUGAAAAGAUCGACAGUAUGUUGAGUUUUUGUGAGGGCCAGCUAGAAGAUGGGGAUAUAAUUUGCUUUCAGAAAUCCCUUCAAAAUCAAUGCACUGAACGAUAUCGCUUUCCUGAGGUUCCUUCAUUUUUGGAGUACAUGCACAAUCGCCAGCCAAAAGAACACGAAAUGCUUGUUCCUAGUUCCGAUUUUCCUACUAAGAAGCCUCAGCCGGUCAAAGUUGCACCAGCGGACACAUUAAGUAUGGUGGAUGCUCAGGUGGUGGAUGAUGCGGCAUCUCCACUGUUCACAUGGACUAUUGACAACUUUUCAAAGUUGAAUGUGAAGAAGUACUCUGAUGUGUUUGAUAUAGGAGGAUAUAAAUGGAGGAUACUGAUAUUCCCAAAAGGAAACGACGUAGAUUAUUUAUCUGUGUAUUUAGAUGUGGCAGAUGCCGCAACGUUGCCUACUGGUUGGAGUAGACAUGCUAAAUUUAGCUUAGCUGUUGUCGAUCAAAUUCAUGGCAAGUUCACACUGAGAAAAGUGAGUGAACACCUUUUUACAGCAAAAGAGAGCGACUGGGGUUUCACAACGUUCUUGCCUCCUACUGAAUUAAAUGAUCCUGGAAAAGGUUUUCUUGUGGAUGAUAAAAUCAUAAUUGAAGCUGAUAUUACUUUUCCUAAAGUUCAUUGAUUGCUGAAAGUUUUAGGUAAGGAUAUAAACAUGUAGAGAUAUUUCGUACCUAGGGUUUAAACCCGUGGUUUCUAGUUAAGGAUGGAUGCAUCCUAUCCGACCACCACAACCUUU